CUCCCUUGUUGCUGCGACGCCUGUUUCUUCAGACCGUCAUCACAAGCGAACCGCUUCAAUGGGACUUCGGGCUAUUCAAAGCACCAUCGAUUGUGCCUACCUUUUUGAAGGCCACUAGAACUGCUGGAGGCAAGAUCUGCUGCUGCUGGUUUGUCUGUUCGUUCUCAAAGAAAGCGGACGUGUAGCGUUUUUUUUCUUAUUUUUUUCCAAGGGAAGCUGUAACACAAUAGGGACACUGGAGUUAUGAAGGCUCGACGGAUGACUGGCGCUGUCCGUUCAGCACCAGCUUGCGCCCAAUGACACCGUAAAAAACCUUCCUGACUCUCUCAAACCCGAGCCGGGGGGUCAGGAUAUUGGCUUAUUGGAGGGAAAACGCGUUCGCAUCUGUCCUUAGAAGUCAUUCAAGUGUGUGAAUGGUUUUGGAUUUCUAUUGUUGGCAUGGACACUUUGAGACGCACCUGGCACGAUCGAAAACACAUUUGAAUUUUCUGAACAUGGGUCCCAGCGGUAUGAUGACGGUCCAUGGGUUGGAGAUAUGACUAGAGAGGUACGCGAUGGGCCAAGGGGACGACAAGGAUCGCAUCGUGAUCAACGUCGGAGGAAUCAAGCACCAGACCUACCGCAGCACCCUGCGCACCCUGCCCGGCACUCGACUCUCCUGGCUGGCGGAGCCCGACGCGCCUAAUAACUUCGAUUAUGAUGCGAAUAUCGGGGAGUUUUUCUUCGAUCGUCACCCCGGCGUUUUCGCCCACAUUCUUAACUAUUACCGCACGGGCAAGCUGCAUUGCCCGGCGGACGUGUGCGGGCCUUUGUAUGAGGAGGAGCUGGCGUUUUGGGGGAUCGACGAGACGGACGUGGAACCGUGUUGUUGGAUGACCUACCGGCAGCAUCGAGGGAUAUUGGCUUAUUGGAGGGAAAACGCGUUCGCAUCUGUCCUUAGAAGUCAUUCAAGUGUGUGA